AUGAGCGGCGGACCAGAAGAUUCGAUACCGGCCGGCUCACCAGGAGCUUUCCUUCAAGAUGAUCUGGCAAUCCAAGAGCCAGAACCUUCGUUCCCUAUUGAGAUCGGUCCCGACGCUUCGGAAGGCUCUCCUUCAAGCUCCAACCCCGAUGAGACGCUGUUCGAUGACGAGAUGAAUACUGUUAACCCUGAGGCGGCUCUUCCGGAUGAGAUAACCGCGUUGAAAUCACGAGCUACAACCAAGAAACAAGUGACCUUGCCCAAAGAAAUCCUGGAUCUCAGCAACAAAGCCCUCAGGGAGCAUAUCCGAGCCAACUCUAGAGAGCUGUACGGAGACGAAGCAAAAAGCGAACAAGUCGACGCCGUUGCUGCAUUAGUGCAUGACCGACAUACGUUUGUUCUGGUGGGUACUGGAUUUGGAAAAACCUGGAUUGCUGAGAUGUACCACAACCAACACUGGGAGGUUACGAUUCCAGUAACGGUAGCGUAA